CUACUAGCCAAAGGCAUGGUGAUGAUCUUAUAGAAGUCGGCCUUAUGAACAGCGGUUUCAGAGUGAUUGAAUAAUAUGAUCGAUAUGGCACUAAACCACGGCAACCGAGAGGGAGUCCUGCGGUUAACUACAAAAACUGUCAAAAGGAAAUUCAAAACCAAAGGGCACUCUCUAUUCGCGGCGUUUCGUGCCACAUUCUGCUUGAUCAAAUGUCAAUUCAGUUUUUCCACUUCGUAAUUGAAUACAACUUUUUCACAUUCUCAAACUCUCUCUAAACCUAUAGAAUUGAUGUCAUAAAGUUGAGAAAUAAAUGCACCAAUUGUUUUCGGGACUCAAAAUGAUGGGGUCAUUUCUUUCAAGAGCACCUCUGCUUGUUUUUGGCUAUACCUAUCCGGCUUAUGAGUGUUUUAAAACUUUGGAGAAGAAUAAGCCAGAGAUGGAGCAACUUCUUUUUUGGUGCCAAUACUGGACUAUAGUUGCUAUGCUUACAGUCUUUGAGAGAAUUGGGGAUACUUUCAUUUCAUGGCUACCACUGUACAAUGAAGCAAAGUUGGCAAUCUUUAUAUAUCUUUGGCAUCCAAAAACAAAGGGAACUUCAUAUGUUUAUAAUUCUUUCUUCCAGCCUUAUGUGGCUAAACAUGAAGGGGAAAUUGAUCACACCUUAUUGGAGUUGAGAGUUAAGGCUGGGGAUAUUGCAAUUCUGUAUUGGCAAAAGGCUGUGAGUUUUGGCCAAACAAGGUUUUUUGAGAUUCUGCAGUAUGUUUCUUCUCAUUCAGCAUCACAGCCUAAAUCUGAUAAGGUAUCCAUUGACAAGGAAAAGUAAUAUCUGCUCUAGGGAUCAGAAAUCAUUUGUUUAGUGCAUUCUACACUGUAUUCUUCUGAUGGUAAUUGUUAAAAUUGUGAUAAGAAUGUUGAUUACUCAUUCUUUGGCCUUAAGCUAAUUAUGCAGAAACUAUGUAUACUUGAUCCUUAUACUUGAUUAGUCUUUGCUGCCUUGAUCUCUCUUUGAAGAUUGAAUCUUUGUAGAGAAAAAAUGCUUGCAACUUUAUGGAAGUUACGCAUUGAGCUUGAAGUACAACUACUGCAAAGUUCUCCGGGUUACAGAUACUAUUGUGGCAGUCCGGAGAGAUUUCUCAGAAGAAAAUAUAUUUCAACAUUUACGCGAGUGGAUUCAAAACCGACUUUCGCAUUUCCUGUUGAGA